AUGGCUGGCAAAAACACUUAUCAGGAGAUGAAGCCGGUGAAUGAGCUGGCCCUGGAAGGUGGCGAGCCCCUCAAGGAGGAGCCUCCAGCCCCUCCGGCGCCGACCUACUUCCAGAAGAUGGCAGGGGCUGGAGAGAAGCCGCCUCCACAGCUCUCUGUGACCUACAGUGCCUACAGCUUCCUCGGCGCAUUCCUUGGGAUGGGUGCUAUUGGCCUGCUCCAUACUUAUGUCAUGAUGCCGGAUGCCAGCAUGGUUCUUCUAGUGGGCUCCUUCGGGGCAAUGUCGGUGAUCGUCUUUAGUGGCUACAAGACACCCGUGGCGCAGCCCAAAAACGUGAUCAUUGGCAACACCAUUGGCGGCCUGGUCGGUGUGGUCGUGUUCAACCUCAUGAGAGAGCUUGGACUUGAGAAGAUGGUGUGGCUGGGUGCUGCCCUCUCUGUAUCCCUGACCAUCGUGGUUCAGGAAUUGACGAAGACAGUUCACCCUCCUGGCGGCGCAACGGCUCUGAUCUACAUUAUCACGCCUCCAGUCCAGCACAUGGGCUACUUGUUUGUCUUCUGCCCAUCUUUUCUGGGCGCUGUGAUCAUGGUGGCCGUGGCCUGUGUGACCAACAACCUGGCGGAAGACCGAGUCUAUCCGCAGUACUGGUGGCCGUCUGAGAACUCGGAGGAAGAGGCAGACAGCGAUGAGUCAGAGACCUGGAUCGGCAAGUACUUCAGGAAGUUCCAGGGCGCUGGUGCCGCACCUCUCCCCGCAGCCUCUCCUCCCUUGAACCAGACCUGGUGCAGCUUCCUUGGCUCCUUCCUUGCGAUCGCUGCCCUUGGCCUGUUGCAAGCAUACGUGACCCUGCCGAUGAUGCACGAGAUGCUUAUGAUUGGUGCCUUUGGGGCCAUGUCUGUCAUCAUUUUCUCAGCCUGGAAG